CGGACAGCCAGCGCGGGACUUUUCAAUUUUCUUCCGCCCAAUCGGGAAAAGACUGUGCCUAUAAAGACUGCUGAGCCGGGCGGGCACCAGGUUACUGUCCCUGCCGCUGCGCCGGAGAAUUUGUGCCUCUUCGCUAUGGCCCGGACGAAGCAGACUGCCCGCAAAUCGACCGGUGGCAAGGCCCCGCGGAAACAGUUGGCCACCAAGGCGGCCCGCAAGAGCGCACCGGCCACCGGCGGCGUCAAGAAGCCGCACCGCUACCGGCCGGGCACCGUGGCCCUGCGCGAGAUCCGGCGCUACCAGAAGUCCACCGAGCUGCUGAUCCGCAAGCUGCCGUUCCAGCGGUUGGUGCGCGAGAUCGCGCAGGACUUCAAGACAGACCUGCGUUUCCAAAGCUCGGCGGUAAUGGCGCUGCAGGAGGCGAGCGAGGCCUACCUGGUGGGCUUGUUCGAGGACACCAACCUUUGUGCCAUCCACGCCAAGCGCGUGACCAUCAUGCCCAAGGACAUCCAGCUGGCCCGCCGCAUCCGCGGGGAGCGGGCUGCUCUUUUCAGAGCCACCCACAGCAGCACUCAGAAGGAGCCGCACCGCUUGCCCUCCGCCCUCUCCCGGGGGCGGUCUGGUAUUCCCGCGCGAGGGGAGUGGGGAGGGCAGGAUGUCAGGCCGUGGGAAGGCGUUACUUUAGCUUUGCAAAGAAGGUCGCAGAGCGGGCGGAGAGUCCAGCGGGCUUGCCGCUCGCCUGGUCAUCGGGGACACGCGGUUCAGCUCUUGGUGCGGCUCCCCACCGCCCUGUCGCAGCCACAGCCGCAGCCCUGCUCUGUCCGUUUUACGCGACUCGCCCCUCCCCGGGAACCCUCUACGCUAUCGGUAGCCACCCGGAAUGAUGGCAAGUUGCCCAGGGCCGCGGCGGGGCGGGGGCGGGGGCGGGGGCGGGGUCCCGGACAACCUUAUCCCGCGAUUGAGUCACUAGGGGACGCUCGGGAUUCGCGGUCCGCAGCCUUCGGCCACUGGGCGGGGUUGGGCUGGCCUGACCUUAACGCAGCGGCGAGGGAAGCGCCGCCCUCUACUGGCCCUAGCCGGCGACCUCUCGGCCCCUCAGCCGGAAGUGACUGCGUCCCGAAUGACGUUCUCCAGAAAUACCUUCAGCACACCGCGGGUCUCCUCGUAAAUGAGGCCGGAGAUACGCUUGACACCCCCACGCCUAGCAAGCCGCCGGAUUGCGGGCUUGACAUGACCAGUGCAGUUCGAGAACAGCCUUUGCCAGCGUUGAGGGCGGCUUGCCAUUGUUAUACAAGAGGAUCGGACCAGAUUGAAAACCGAAAGCGCGCCGGCGGGAAGAUUUCUAAUUGUUCCAGCUCUCUGAGCAUUUCAAGCAUGGCCCGAACCAAGCAGACUGCCCGCAAAUCGACCGGUGGCAAGGCCCCGCGGAAGCAGCUGGCCACUAAGGCGGCCCGCAAGAGCGCACCGGCCACCGGCGGCGUCAAGAAGCCGCACCGCUACCGGCCGGGCACCGUGGCCCUGCGCGAGAUCCGGCGCUAUCAGAAGUCCACCGAGCUGCUGAUCCGCAAGCUGCCAUUCCAGCGGUUGGUGCGCGAGAUCGCGCAGGACUUCAAGACAGACCUGCGUUUCCAGAGCUCGGCGGUAAUGGCGCUGCAGGAGGCGAGCGAGGCCUACCUGGUGGGCUUGUUCGAGGACACCAACCUUUGUGCCAUCCACGCCAAGCGCGUGACCAUCAUGCCCAAGGAUAUCCAGCUGGCCCGCCGCAUUCGCGGGGAGCGGGCUUAAAUGAUGUGCUGAGUAGCCAAUAUAAAGGCUCUUUUCAGAGCCACCUACGUUUUCAGCAAGAGCAGCUGUACCAGCCUUUAAGCUGUCCACGCCUGUACACCAAUAUUUUGAGUAGUAAAGUCAGGGAAAACUCCCUCGUGGUGGAUGAGGAAUCCCAACACCCAACCUGUAAUCUGGUUCUUUGGGUACAGGAGUUUAUCUUGGUACCGGUCAAGCCUCCUUUACUUGCUGGUGUAGCUUUUCCUAUUGUGUGAGGGAAAGUCUUUGAGCGAAAACAAGGGAUGCCCUGAGGCCUGAUAAUAUUGAGGUCAAGACCGGAAGCGAGUUCUUUAAUUUGUGUUUAGGAAUUAUAUGAAGCUGGUUUGUAACGUGAUAGGUUCUUUGUUGUAUAAUACAAGCUAUGCAAACCAGAACAGCAAUUUGGGAAAGGAAUACCUGCCGGUUUUUAAAAACGAAGGGGUUGAGUGUAUCGUUAAGACCUACGAAAUAUAAACGAUGCAAAAGCAAGGGGUAGUUAACUUCAUCUAGUGCUCUGAAAAUUCCGCAUAGAAAUACACGGUUUAGUGAAAAUUCACUAGCUGAAAAUACCCCAAAGAAGUGAAACUACCGCUGUACGUAAUUUACUGGUUAAUUUGAAAUGGAAUAUUUUGAUUGGUUGUUAAGACUUUUGUUCUAAUGACCACUAAGGAAGGGCAACCAGAAUCUAUUAUUUACAUGGACUCCGCCCCUCUAUGACGACAUUAUUGUAAAUUAACCAAUAAAAAAUGCAGUACUGUGGGAGUCUUCAUUUGCAUACCCUCUCUAUAAGUAGCGCGUAACCAGCUGGUUCUGUUGUAGUCGCUGAU